CCAUAAGCACACGGCGUUCCCACAGCAACCGACGGCAGAACGCUACUUAAACUUCAACCGGACGGUGUGCUGACGGCCAGACAAUAAUAUUAUCAUCACAACACCGCACACAUCCAUAGCGCAUUUCCGAUCCACAGGUGAUAUCUCAAAAUGGGAAAACCUAUUUGAACAAUGACGUUGAUAACUUUAUCCGUUGUGGAGGAAUGGCUAGAUAGCCAUCCCGAUCACUGUCAAGACUACUUCCUACGCAAAGUCGAACUCGACCUCAUCAACAAAUGGCUUGUAUCCCACGGGUUCCUUAACAUUAACGACUACAUAAGUUCUGCCACGUCUACCUCAUCGUCGGGCAACGUAAGUCCAGCCAAUGGGUGUGAUGCCAUCACUAAUCCGAAUGCCCCAAGCAUAAUGGUUAACGGCAAUAACUCCUUGUCCGUCACACAAAUACAUCGGACCAACUCGAAACGGUGUCGACGACACGACUUUGCUAAGGCUAAGACUAGGAGCGUACUACGCACACAGGAAAUCGGCAAGGACGUGCCAAUUUCUACCAGUAGAAGAUCAUCGUUGAAGGACAUGAGAAAGUUUACAUCGUUGCCGCCGAGUCCGAUUAAUAUGCUGUCCUUGUUGAUUGACUCCAAAGUCCGGUUGCCGCGGUGGCCGGUGUCGGCUAACAGUUUAGACUCCAAGAGGGAUUUGCAGAGAGUGCAGGGCGAAAGGGACUUCUUUUUGACGGUGGUCCGGGACAUUGCCACCGAUUUGGAUCUCAAGUCACUGUCGCACAAGAUUGUCGACAACUUGACCGUGCUGAUGGACAGCGACGCGGCUUCAUUGUUUCUCGUGGACGGACCCACUCGCGGGAGCCGACGCCGGUGCUUGGUGUCAAAGGUGUUUGACGUGCAUAGCGGUGCUCGCGGGCAGUUCCUUUUGCCAGAUGACAUGUCCGGUGAUAGCGUGCGAACCACAGCCAAAGACAACGAAGUGCAGAUACCUUGGGGCGUCGGUAUACUUGGGCACGUCGCGUCCACCGGCGAAACGGUCAACCUAGACGUGGCCUGCGAGGACCCGAGAUUUGACGACGAGGUGGACCGCAUAAUGGGAUACUAUACGUCGUCUUUGCUGUGUAUGCCAAUAAAAAAUUCGUACGAAGAGAUAAUAGCGGUGGCGCAGGUUAACAACAAAAAUCCAGACAAAGAUGACGGCCACUACACCACCAUGGACGAGAAGAUUUUUGAGACAUAUUUACAGUUUGUCGGCAUAGCCAUCACUAACGCACAAAUAAUUGAAGAUUCCAGAGCAGAAUACGACCGGAACAGAAAUUUGCUGGAGGUGGUGCACGAUUUGUUCGAAGAACAAACAUCCAUAGAUAAAGUCAUCAUGAAGAUAAUGCAAAGAGCUCAGAGGUUGCUGAAGUGCGAGCGGGCUGCGGUUUUGUUGGUGGACGAAUCGUGUGACAAUACUCGGUUUUCAAAAUUAUUCGACUUGAACUCGCCGAAACACAGACAGAACCACGUGAAAAACUGUAGACAAAAAGUAGAAGGCGAAAACGUAUCGCGGUACUUGGAGAGUUUAGCCGAGAGGGUGGCGUGUACGGGCGAAGUUCUAAAUGUCAACGAAAACGAAUGUAAGGACGGACUUGUGGACUCAGGAAUAAAUUCGCUUUUAGCGAUGCCAAUAAGAAAUAAAAACGACCAAAUUAUCGGUGUAGCGAGCAUCAUAAAUAAGCUGAACUCAUUGCCGUUCGACGAGUACGACGAACAGUUGUUCGAGGCGUUCACGAUAUUCUGCGGUCUAGGAAUACACAACACGCUUAUGUACAGCGAAGUGGAGAAAGCGAUGGCCAGACAAAAAGUCUCCAUAGAAGUCCUGUCUUAUCACGCGACCGCCUCCAACAAAGAAGUGGAUCGGAUUCUGAGUUUGCCGGUACCCGCAGCCGACUCGUUGAACUUGUAUUCACUGGCGUUUGACGACUUCUCCCUCAGCGACGACGAAAUGCUAUUGGCCGCUGUAAGCAUGUUCCUGGAACUAGGUCUGGUCAAAGCUUUCAACAUCGAAAGGGAAACGCUGUAUAAAUUUCUUAUCACAGUAAAACGAAACUACAGAGACGUGCCCUACCACAAUUGGAGACAUGCGUUCAAUGUUGCUCAGGUUAUGUUUGCCAUUCUGAUGGGCUGCGACAUGAAAAACACAUUCACUGAUCUCGAAGUGUUGGGUAUGUUUGUUGGUUGUUUGUGCCACGACCUCGAUCACCGUGGAACAAACAAUUCAUUCCAAGAAAAAGCCCGGUCAGCGUUAGUUCUGCUGUACGGAACAACCAACACAAUGGAACACCAUCAUUUUAAUCAUGCAGUGAUGAUAUUAAGUAGUGAGAGUCUCAACAUAUUCUCCAGUCUUUCAGCAGAAAGUUUUACCACUGUCAUGAAGGUGCUGAAACAUAGCAUCUUAGCCACAGAUCUCGUCAUGUACUUCCAGUUGAGGAAUAAGUUCUUCCGGUUGAUCGAGUCAAAAGAAUACAGCUGGGACGAAGAUACACAGCGGUUUCUAUUAAUGGCCAUGUUAAUGACUUCGUCGGACUUAGCUUCGUCGACCAAACAAUGGCACGUGCAACAGCGGGCUGCGCGUCUAGUAACAGAUGAGUUCAUCGAGCAAGGCGAUAAGGAACGGUUCGAACUGAACAUUCAACCACAAGCACUAAUGGAUAGAGAGAGACAACACGAACUCCCUCAAUUACAGAUCAGAUGGAUUGCUGACAUUUGUUUACCGUUGUACCAAGCACUGGGACUGAUGAAUCCGAAACUGAACGUGAUGAAAGAAGGUGCUUUGAACAACAUGCACCAGUGGGGUAAACUGGUCGAUCCCAAUUUCAAGAUGACAAAUGGCGAGGAACAAUUACGAGAUACGCGUUGAAGUGCGGUAUCGACAUUAAGAACGAAACAGGAAACUGGAAAUUACAGCAUUUUUAGUGUUAUGUGGUUGAAGGACACAAGUGUAAUGAGUAGACUGAUAGAAAAAUAUAUAGUAUUUAUAGCUAACGAAAAUCCCGAAAAACGUGGACGGUAAUAGGUAUUAGAUGUUAAAUGGUUCCUAUCCUAUGUUGAUUAAUUAUCAAUUGUAUACCCUACGACACUAUUAGAUUUAUAUAAGACAUUAUUUAAUAGCCACGCACAUUUAAAAUCAAACGUAGGUAUAAAUAUAAAAUAUACAUAAAAAAAAUGUAUAAGAAGUAUAAUAUUAUUAUAUAGUGUAAGUCGAUAUUUGUAUUCCAUAUUUAGAAUUUUUUAAUACCGUACAAGUUGUAUUACUAUUAUUAUUUUUUUUUAUACUUACAACUCUAGCAAAAUAUAAUGUAUCAUUAUAAUAUAAUUAUAUAAUAAUAAAAUAUUAAAUACAAACAGUAUUUGGCACGAA